AUGUCAAUUAUUGAAAAUGAAGUCAUAUUAAACAAUUAUAUGGUAAAGAAUUUAUAGAAAGGUAAAAACAGAGAGAAUCAUAGUGAUUUCUAUGAUUAUAAUCCAUUAACAUCAACUUAUUAAUGUUAUGGAUGUCAAAAAUAAAAACCAAAAUAAGCUUCAUUAUUAUUGGCUAAUUAAAAAACUAAAAAGAAAAGAAGGACUUUGGAAAUAUAUAAAAUGAAUGAUAUCAUUAUUAAACCAUGGCAUCCUUUUUUAAGAGAAUUUUAAAAAAUAUUCAAAAAUUCAAUUAUUCCAUAACACAAACAAUUAAAUUAUUAAGUAGAAUAUCAUAAACCAGAUAUUGUAUUAUAAUUGUAUGAAGUUAUUCGUAGAUUAAGAGAAUAAUUAGAGGAAAAUAUAAAAUCUAUAUAAAAAGGAGAUAUUUACAUUGCACCUAUUCUUGAGACUUUGGCAACAUAUUCAAUUGAUGAAAUUGAAAUUAAUUAUGAAACUUUACACAAUAGUACUAAAUCAAUCCAAUAAGAUUCUACUAAGAAAUCAUUAGCUAGUUCAAGUAUUAGAUAUUAAAUGCAGGAGAAGAAAAUAUAACAUUAUAAAGAAUAAUGGGAAAUAGUUAAAGAAUAAGUUGAAUUAUUAGAAUAGAAUAAUACUAUAGGUUUAAAAUAAUAAAUAGAAAGUACAAUAAAAGCAUAAAAGGAAAUUUAAUAUUUGAAGAGUGUUUUAAAAGAAACUUAAGAUCAUCUUAUGAUUAUGGAAAGAGAUUAGGAAUAAUUAAUUAGAGAAAAUUAUUUUUUAUUUUAAUAUGCAUAAUUAGAUAGACAUUAUUUAUUUAUUAGAAUAAUGGAAGUAAUUAUAAUAAUCAUAUAUAGUAAUAUCCAGCAGAAUAAUUAAAAGAAACAGAUGUAUCUUAUUUUGAAAUAUAUCUUAAAGAAUUAGAAAAAGAAUUAGCUAAAUUGAAAUUAGAAAAUACUAAAUUAAAAAUGCAUGCAAAUCAUUUAGAAAAAGAAACAGAAGUUAUGAAAAAAGAAUCUUUUUCAUAAUUUUCUAAUGAAUUUUAAACUUAAGAAUAAAAAUGGAGUAAUGAAAAAAAUAAUUUAGAAAAGACACUUGAAUAAUUAAAAUAAGAAUUAGAAAUUAGUUAGAGAUUUGAAAAAGAAUUAAGAAUUUUAAAUUAAACAAUGUAAGAAGAAUAAGAUAAAUUAAGAAAGUAAUUGUUUGAUUAUCAAAAUGGUAUGAACAAUAUUAGUCAUUAACAUUUAAUAUAAAGAUAAUAAAAUGAUUAAUUAUUAAAAUAGAAUUAAGAACUUCAAUUAACUAUAUAAUAAUUAGAAUAAUAAGUAAUUGGAAAUAAAUAACAAUUUAAUAAAAUGAAUCCUAAUGAUUAAGCUUAAUAAUUAGCAUUGAUUAUUCUAUCUAAAUAACGUCCUAAUCAAGAUCAAAUUAAUUUACUUAGAUAAGUUUUUGGAGAAUUUACAGAUGAAAUCAUUAAAAAUCAAGUAGAAUAAAAUUAAAAUGAAUAAGCUGAAAAAUUGAUUGAAUAAAUACAAGAUUUAAAAAAUUUCAAAGAAAAAGUAGAAUCUUAAAAUAAAUUAACAAAUAAAUAAAUAGAUGAAAUAAGAAAAGAAUUAGAAUAUGCCUUUUAAUAAAAUGAAAUAUAAUAAUCAUAAUCUAGAAUAGGUAGAAAACUAAAUUAUGAUAUUUAAGAUUAAACUUAAUAUUUCUAAUCACUUAUAAGAAUAAAUGAAAUAUUAAACAGUUAAGAAGAUGAUCUUUAAAAGUUUAAUAGAUUAAAGAGUCAAUCUCCACUAAAUAUGAAAUAGGAUAUAGCUUAACUUCAUUGUUUAUUAUUAUUGUAAGCAUUAUCUUUAGAGGAAAUGAUUGUAAAUAGUGAAUAAAAUUAAAUUGAAGAUUUCUCAGAUCAAGAGAUUAAAAGUUCAAAUGGUAAAGAAUAAUAACCUCCAGAAUUUUAUCCUAUUGAUGAAUAAGAGAUGGAGGAAAGUUCUCAAAAUGAUUAAGAUGAAGAAGUUGAAGAAAGUUCUAUUCAUUAGCCUGAACCAUAUUAGGAAUAAGAGAAUUAAAGAAAAUGA